UUCGUGUGCAGGGGUUGAGGAACGGAACGCGGCCGAAUAUUUGGUCUCUGUUGUUAUAAAAUUGACAAGGAAAGAGACAGUGAAGUUUGCUUUCGAGUUUGAGUGUUCUCUUUUGGUUAACGUGUCGUCCUACCACACUCCAUUCCAAUUUCCAUACCUUUCUUGUUCACCUCUUCUUCCUUUCUCUCAACUCCAACUCCAACUCCCAUACCGCAUACAAAGAAUUCAGGUUAAUUAGAUAUGUCUUGUCCCUCUCUCUUUCAUUACUACUAUUCCUUGUCUUCUGGUUACUCUUAUUCUGUAGAAGAAGAAGAAGAAGAAGAAGAAUGCAGUUGUCUUCUUUUUGCUCACCCUUUAUAUCCUUCAACUAUACCCCUCAUCAUUUUGCUUACCCACUUCAAUUCACACUUCAUUCUUCUCGUAAUGCUAGUGUUAGUAUAAUUGCUGAGCCUCAUGCUCAUGGCUGCCUCAACCAGCUCCUUCCUGUCUACAAUCCUAGAACUACUACUAUUCGGAGGAGGAGAAGAAAGUAUGGGAUUGGUGUGGUCUCUGCCAGUGCUAGUAGUAGUAGUAGUAGUAGUAGUAAUGGGGGCUUGGAGCCAUUCACAGAACGAGCAAUUAAGGCCAUUAUGUAUUCCCAAAGAGAAGCAAAAGCACUUGGGAGAGAGAUGGUAUUUACACAGCAUCUCUUGCUGGGUUUAAUUGCUGAGGAUGAGGAGCACCACCUUCACCUUCACCAUCAUUAUCAUUAUCAUUAUGAGCAACAAGGCUUUCUUGGAUCGAACAUCACCCUCCACAUGGCACGCGAUGCUGUUCGCAACAUUUGGCGUCAUCCUCAUAAUCCUACUGCUUCUAAUAGUUCUAGUGCGGCUCUCCCCUUUUCCAUUAGUACAAAGCGCGUGUUUGAGGCUGCGCUUCACUAUUCCCGAACCAUGGCUCAUCAUUUCAUCGCCCCUGAGCACAUCUCCAUUGCCCUCUUUACUGUUGAUGAUGGCAGUGCCACUCGACUCCUCUACAGAUUAGGGGCAAAUGUCAAUCAGUUGGCGGCUGUGGCAAUCUUCAGACUUCAGGAGGAGCUUGCCAAAGAUGGUAGAAAUCCAUCUGUGGAAUCUCAAUGGAUGCGUGGAGAAUCCAUUUUAAGAAAAGCAGCAAUUAUGAGAUCCCCUGAAAAGCCAAGAGAAAAAACUGCAUUAGCACAGUUUUGUGUGGAUCUUACUGCCCGUGCAAGUGGAGGGCUCAUAGAUCCUGUUAUUGGCCGAGAAAACGAACUUCAAAGAAUCAUUCAGAUACUUUGCUGCAGAACCAAAAAUAACCCCAUUCUUCUUGGUGAAAGUGGUGUUGGAAAAACAGCCAUUGCUGAAGGAUUGGCAUUAAACAUUGCAGAGGCAAAUGUUCCUAUUUUUCUCUUGAAAAAACGUAUAAUGUCUUUGGACAUAGCACUAUUAAUGGCUGGGGCAAAGGAGAGGGGAGAAUUAGAGGCACGUGUUACGAAAUUAGUUGAGGAAGUACUGAAAGCAGGUGAUGUCAUUCUUUUUAUUGAUGAAGUUCAUAUACUUGUUGGACGAGGAAAUAGGGGUUCUGGUCUUGACAUUGCUGAUCUACUGAAACCUUCACUUGGGAGGGGUCAAUUACAGUGCAUUGCAUCUACAACUAUAGAUGAAUACAGGAUGCAUUUUGAGAAGGAUAAAGCAUUAGCAAGAAGAUUCCAGCCUGUGUGGAUUAAUGAGCCUAGCCAGGAUGAUGCAGUUAGAAUAUUGUUGGGUCUACGUGAGAAAUAUGAGGCGCAUCACAACUGCAGAUUUACACUAGAAGCCAUAAAUGCAGCUGUGUAUCUGUCAGCCAAAUAUAUAUCUGAUAGGUAUCUUCCUGAUAAAGCUAUUGACCUCAUUGAUGAGGCUGGGAGUAGAGCUCGUAUUGAAGCCUCCAAGAGGAAGAGAAAACAGCAAACAUGUAUACUUUCAAAGUCACCAGAUGAGUAUUGGCAAGAAAUUAGAACUGUUCAGGCUAUGCAUGAACUGGUCCUGGCAAGUAAGCAAUAUGAAGGUGAUUAUAGCUUGGAUGAUACAAUUGAUCUUGUUUCAAAAUUCUCUUUGCCUUCCACAUCAGAUGCCAAUGAACCUUCAAUAGUAGGACCGGAUGAUAUAGCAGCAGUUGCUUCACUUUGGUCAGGGAUUCAGGUUCAGCAGCUUACUGAUAAUGAAAGAAUGCUUUUACUGGGUCUUGAUGAGCAACUUAGGAGACGAGUUGUUGGUCAAGAUGAGGCUGUUUUCGCUCUUUCCCGAGCUGUUAAGAGGUUCUGGGCUGGCUUGAAAGACCCCAAAAGACCAAUUGCUGUAAUUCUCUUCUGUGGCCCAACUGGGGUUGGCAAAACUGAAUUAACAAAAGCUUUUGCAGCAUCCUAUUUUGGAUCGGAGCAGGCCAUGAUAAGAUUGGACAUGAGUGAAUAUAUGGAGCGGCAUUCAGUGAGCAAAUUAAUAGGUUCCCCCCCAGGUUAUGUUGGCUUUGGAGAGGGUGGCACUCUAACUGAAGCUAUUAGAAGACGGCCGUUCACAGUGAUAUUGCUUGAUGAAAUAGAGAAAGCCCAUCCAGCUAUAUUCAACAUCCUCCUCCAAUUAUUUGAAGAUGGCCACCUUACUGAUUCCCAGGGAAGAAGAGUAUCUUUUAAGAAUGCAAUAGUGGUGAUGACUUCAAAUGUAGGUUCUACUGCCAUCUCUAUGGGUAGAAAGAGCUCUAUGGCUUUCUUCACUGCUGAUGAUAAGUCAACUUCAUAUGCUGGGAUGAAAGGAAUAGUAAUGAAAGAACUCAAGACAUAUUUUCGUCCAGAGUUGCUCAACAGGAUAGAUGAAGUAGUUGUGUUUCGUCCCCUUGAAAAGGCUCAGUGCAUUUAUCGCAACAUGACCAAACCAUCUCAAGCGAUUCUUCUUCAUCUUUUGAUCACUAGGGGUUAGUCCUAUCUUUAAGUGAUUUUCUACUUAUUCAUUUUAACUUUUCAUUUAGCUACAUUUAUUUUAUGAAUAUGUUGCUUGUUAAUAGUCCAAUGUUUAUUAUCAGAGCAUAGUUGAUCUUGUAGCAAUCUUAUAGCACUAGCAUUUGGGAGUUGUAAACACCCUCCAGUUACUAUUUUACAACCCAAGACAACCAAAACCCACCUCAUACGGGUUUGUAUUAUUUGUUCAUGGGUUGUAAAGAGAAAAUAAUUUUUUUAAUCUUGUGGUUGUGGGUGAAGAGAAAAAGAGAGUGGGAGGAAAGAGGGAGAGAGAAUAGUACUUUUUAUUAUUUUAUUAGUAGUUUAUAUUAUUUUAUUGGGUUGUAUGUAAAAAUAAGAACUGGGAUGUUGGGUGAGUUGUGAAAUGGGUUGGUAAAAUAGAUUAAGUGGUACUGUGGUAGUGCUCUUAUGAUAUUUUUACAUCCUCGAAUGCUAGUACUCUUAUGAUAUUUUCAUUUAACUUAAUAGGUACUCUAUGAUCAAAUAAUACUCCUGAUCCACUUUUUCACUCCAUCUACCAUAUUCUUAUCCUAUAAUCCACACCCUCUUCAAAAUCUCUCUAUCACUAUGAAUUAUUGGUCCAAGAUAUCGAAAGACCUUGCUCUUUGGUAUCUUUUGACCAUCAAGUAUUAUUACCCCUUAAUCUUUAUAUCUACUUUUACUAAACUUACAUUCCAUGUACUCUGUUUUAGUCAUAUAUAAUUGAAAGACAUUAAUUUAGUGAUUUUCCAAAUUUCUAACUUGGUAUUAACUACACUUCAAGUUUCAUCAACUUAAACUAUAUCAUUUGCCAAAAACAUAUACCGAAGGACUUUCUUUUGAAUCGAUUUAGUGAGUUCAUCCAUCACUUGUGCAAAGAGAUAUGGAAUUAAUGUUGAUUCUUGAUGUAAA